AUGUCAAUGAGCCUCAAACAGAUGAGGGUAGUCCUCAAUUCCGGACGCUGGCAGCUUCGAGGCUCAUGCAAAGCCUCCGGAAGCUUCGGUCGCACAAAUAGAUGGUACGCGACACAGAAUCUGGCCAAAGGUGGGCGGCCUUUGGCAUACACAUGGCUCGCAAAGACAGCAGAAGAGACAACGCCAGAUGAUAUUUUGACCAGUCUUCCUUCAGGGCCUGUGAGCCCAUCAGGUGCACCCGCUUCUGUCCCUCUCCUCCUCGUCACCCCAAGCUUCGCCCACUGGCUUGAUUCUUCUAGCCCUUUCUUGUCGCAAUUUCUCAGUCGCCUUUACGGCGACUCACCAGGCAACGAUACCCUCUAUGCCGUUACAGCCGUGGUCGACGCACUCCCGAAUACUACAUCCGGAAGCCCAAAUUUAAGUGAGUCUGAAGGACUGUCGCUUCUGGCAGUAGGGCAAUCAGGUGUCCAGGCAAAGGCUGCACCACCCCGUCUUAUCAGAAGCUCUGCCAGUGAGGAAGCCAAUCUCUCGUUUUCAUUCCAAACCGAAAUGAUUGGUCAACCUGCGCACGAGGUUGGAUUGCGCCUAGCGAACACUAUAUUUGUCAAUGGGAGAGAAACCACAAUAUUUGGUACACGCUGGCUUUGGGAUAAAACCUCAAACAGAUAUGCUUUGGACAAUUCGACCGAUUUCACAAGCUGCAUGGUCACAGCCACUUCCCAGGCUGUAGAUACCGCAUUGGAGUUGCCAUUGCAUCCAGUCACCGAACGACGGAGAGUCAUGACUAGCAUGGGAAACAUUUUACGGCAACUAGCAAAAUCAACGGAUGUGAGGUCAAUGGACACAAUGCCUGCUUCGUCGGAGCUCGAGAAGGAACUUCCCCGUUACAUCGCAGAACAUAAUAUCAUUGACCAGCGUGUAUCCGUAUGGGCACUCGUUGAGAAACCUGACUUGCAGGUGGCUGAUUCAGGUUCAUCUACCCAUGAUCGCUUGAUCCAAUCUCUGCACCAAGGUGGGAAAUUGCACCGUGUCAUGAGCGGUGGAGGUGGAUGGGGAAAGAAGCAAGGCCUUCUUUCGCUGGAUCCCGAAGUCUGCUUCUCGGGCACUGCCAACCGACACGAUCUUGUCGCAUUGAGUCAAGUUUUUGAUCCUGAUAUCACACAGUUGGACACACUCCCUUCUAUUGAUAAGGGGAUUACUGUAGAUGAUCUAUCUCUACUUUCACAGGUUGCUACCGCAGGUGAUUAUAUUCAGUUCUUUGUGUCGGUAGAACCGACUGGGGCACAGGGUAAAGUUUCGAGCAAUCAUGACUCGCAGGAAGAGCCUAUCAGCUAUCACUUUGGAAUGGUAGCUGAUUCUAUGGAACUUGAGACACAUGCCACGCAUGAGGACAGCAAUGGGAUCAUUUCUCUGCCUCGUACCUUUGGAGCAUUGUCCGAGAAGGCGAUUGCCUACUCGCAGCCCAUCAAAGGAGAAAUGGAGUCGGAGUCGUGCACGAAACUGGAUAUUCCAGGAUCUCGAGUUGUCCUCAAAACUCUGAAUAUUAUACAUGUCACAGAUGCUGUAGUCAUUACCUGUCCAGGUGGAUACGCCAAGACAUUACACGUGACCCAGAGAGGCCAGCAUGUUUGCCGUCGACCUCCAAGCCUCUGGAAUCUCCAUCCUCCCCGACCGCAUCCAACUGAGCUUGCCGACCUCGGGUGUUUCUAUUUCUUUUUAAAGCUCAAAUUACUCUACGAGAACCUCGUUGGGUCGUCUUUCAUCAAAAUGGCGACUGAACUUUGCCCCGUCUAUGCGCCCUUCUUUGGCGCGCUGGGCUGCACCUCCGCUAUUGUUUUCACCUGCUUCGGUGCCGCAUAUGGAACUGCUAAGGCCGGUGUCGGAGUUUGCUCCAUGGCGGUCCUCCGCCCCGACCUAAUCGUUAAGAACAUUGUCCCCAUUGUCAUGGCGGGUAUCAUUGGUAUCUACGGUCUUGUCGUGUCGGUCCUGGUCGCCAACGACUUGACCCAGCAGCUUCCUCUCUACACUGGUUUCAUCCAGCUCGGUGCUGGUCUGUCUGUCGGUCUGGCUGGUCUUGCUGCGGGCUUCGCUAUUGGUAUUGUUGGUGACGCGGGUGUUCGUGGAACGGCCCAACAGCCUAGACUGUAUGUCGGAAUGAUUCUGAUUCUCAUUUUCGCUGAAGUCUUGGGUCUGUACGGGUUGAUUGUUGCUCUUCUCAUGAACUCCCGCUCGAAAGCAAACUGCUAA